AUACAAUCAAUUGGCACAUUGCUUCCCGUAUAAGGAGAGGAAGAGGGAGCGUGCGUGCUGGUUUUAAUGAGGCUGUACUUCUCCCUGCUGAAGCUGACUCGUUGCAGCCCCGGUGCGUGACGGGUCAGUCCCUCACCGCACUUUGAAAAGCACACUCCUGCUCACAGAGGCUCCCCGUUGAGACGUAAAAUGAACCUGCCGUCCAGAGAGGAGUGUGAGGCCUGGGAGCACGCGCAAGUCGCCUUCUUCUUGAGCAGGAACAAAAUGCAGGACUGUGCUGCAACGGUGAACAAACUGAAAAUGAAUGGACUAAGACUUCUGAGCCUGUCUGACAGUGACAUGAGCAAGUUCAGUCUCAUCCACCAACCGCAGCUUCAGAAGAUCGUACUGGACAUCAAGAAGAACGACGGCAGCCUGCUGAACAAACUGAAAAGGCUGAAGAGCAAACCAAGUCCAAAAGUGCCCACCAGAGAUUACAGAGAUACCAAGAGAGACGAGGAACUCUCUGAUAUGGAAAAUGACAUGUACGAGGAUCCACGCGGGGACCAGGACGACAGCUACGAGCCUCCCCCCAGCCACAUAGCCUUCACCGCCACGCCCUCUGCUUCCUUGGCGGUGGGGGAGUAUCUCGACAACCGGCGAAAACAACCCAUCCGCCCUCCCAGGAUGCCCCUCAGCCCGGGCAAAAGAAAACAACUGCCCCCCGAACCCACUGAGACCACGAGCGAUGCAGAGGACUACGUCAGUCCCAACUGCAGCAUCGACGACGACAACUACGUGGAGCCUGAGGAGAAUCCAUCCCCAGAUCCUGUGGUGCACGCCGGGGCCAGAGCAGGGAAGGAACGUCCAAUGUUGCACACACCUUUAGCAGAACGUCCACCCAGUCCUGACUUCUACGAAGUUCCUGACAAAGAGGAAAACUCAUUAUCUCUUCCAGCAAGCAGAGCGUGUCCGAUCCCCACAAGACAUUUUUUACCUCCGAGGCCCAGCCCCAGAGGGAAUCGGGAGAGACCUCCUGCUAUCCAGGAGCCCGCGGAGGACGAUGAAUAUGAAGUUUGUGAGCCAGCUGACAAUUCUAGGGAUAAACCUGCAGACAGACCUUCUCUCCCAAGACCUUUGUCCAGAGACAGGUCACCAAAACCUUCGAAGCCUGUUUUUAAACCAAGGGAAUUUGAAAGCCGAACGCUGCCCGCAAAGCAGAGCGACCAGAAGCCCCCGCCGAAGGCUUUUACGCUGGACAUGAAGUGGCCAAAGAUCCCUUUCCCACCGCUGACCCCACCCAAACCGGCCAACAGAGGAAGUGUUACCGUUGAGAGUGGGUCGACAGACCAAGACAUGGACUCCGACCUCUCCCAGAAACCCUGGUAUGCCAGCGCAUGCGACCGCAGGACUGCCGACAACGUCUUGUGUCGCUCAAAUAAGGACGGGGCCUUCAUGGUGAGGAAGAGCUCGGGUCAGGACGCACAGCAGCCCUACACACUGGUGGUGUUCUACAACAGCCGCGUGUACAACAUCCCGAUCCGCUUCAUAGCAACAACGCAGCACUACGCCCUGGGGCGAGAGAAGAGAGGGGAGGAGCACUUUAGCAGCGUCUCCCAGAUCAUCGAGAACCACCAGAGGACCCCGCUGGUGCUGAUCGACAGCCAGAGCAACGCCAAGGACACCACCAAGCUGCGCUUCCCCUCCAGGCCCUAGAAGGGCCCCACGCCCACCCGCUGCGUUUCCGUCAGACUGUUAACAGACCCCCGCCUGCGCUGCUGGACACGCAGAGCACCGC